CCUUCAGAUAGGGCCCAUGACAUGUCCUCUCAAAAGACCCCAAGAUGUGAUUUUCAUCUCUCUCCACUGCACUAACACAUUCUUUCCUUCACCUCAUUCCUCCUUCCACUCCUAGUUUUUCCAAUUUCCAGCUACCAUGUCCGGCGAAAUGCAAAACGACUCCGCCUCCUCAUCAAGAGCCGCCGCCACCACCGCCGAUCAGCGUCAGCAGCAGCCGGCGGCGGCCCCUCUGAGCCGGUACGAAUCGCAGAAACGACGAGACUGGAACACCUUUGGACAGUACUUGAAGAAUCAGACACCCCCAGUUUCACUGUCCCAGUGCAACUUCAACCACGUGCUCGAGUUCCUCCGUUACCUGGACCAAUUCGGGAAGACCAAGGUCCACUUGCACGGCUGCAUCUUUUUCGGGCAGCCCGAACCCCCCGCGCCGUGCACCUGUCCCCUCAGACAGGCCUGGGGGAGUCUCGAUGCACUCAUCGGGCGGCUCAGGGCCGCCUACGAGGAACACGGAGGCUCCCCCGAGACUAAUCCCUUUGGCAGUGGGGCUAUUCGCGUUUACCUUCGCGAAGUCAAGGAGUGUCAAGCAAAGGCAAGAGGGAUCCCAUACACAAAGAAAAAGAAGAAGAAGAAGAACCAACUUAAGGGCCCUCAUCAUGAUGCUCCAAAGUCCUUCAAGCAAUUAGCCACUUGAGUUGGAUGGGCUUGCACGAACGACUUACUUGGAUCGUGGAAUUAAUUUGCCAAAGUGAACGAGCAUGUCCAAAAGUACCAUCUCUACUGCUUCGAGUAAAAAUUAUCACAGAAAAAUAUUGAUAUCCCAUUUAGUACGUAGUUGAUCUGAACAUCAGAAUAAUCCUUUUGGAGCAAGUUUGGUCCUUAAAUAUAUGUACAACCUUUGUAUGUUCUUAUCACAUAUUAGACAUCAUUCCCAAAAUAGAAACGGUAAGAAUGGCUAGAUUUAUAGUCGUUUACUACUUCUAUUACUACUAUUACUCUCACACACAUACACGUAUGAUCCAAAUAUCCAAUAGGUGAAAUCUCUAUCACACACUCAUAACAAAUCACUUCUUGAGAUCUCUCAUAACAAACGGUAAGAAUGGCUAGAUUUCAAGCUGUCUAACAACAAUGAGAUCUCUCAUAAGGUCAUUAUUUUAGACUGAUGAUAUGAACUAUAUAACAUUUACUUUUACACAUCUUGAAGAAGUAAAA